AUGCUUGGUGCGGUGACGCCGGAAUCUUUCGACACCUUACACUCGUAUACCAACACAUUCCAAAUGCCUUUCGUCACUCCCUGGUUCCCGGAGAAGGUCAUUCCACCCUCGUCGGGUCUAAUCGACCAUGCAGUGAGCAUGCGACCAGAUUAUCAUAAAGCGAUUGUGGACACCAUUCUAUAUUAUGGAUGGAAGGAAAUCAUCUUUAUGUAUGACUCUCACGAUGAAUAUAAUAUAAGAAUAGAGUUGGCUCCUAAGCUCGUGUUAAAUCCAGCCGUAGCCCUCUUUCUGCAGAGUUAUGUUAAGAAUCCGCAUGUUAAGAAUCAACAUAACGGCAGCUAA